CGUCAUAAUUUCUAGUUGCCAGACAAGUCGGAACACAUUUAGCUGCUGCUCAGAUACGCAGCUAUCAACAAGGACUGAAACUUGAGAAAAACGGUCGCGAAAUCCAAGUCCAGACGAUGUUCAGUUAACAGGUCAAGAUAGCCGACUCAUAAAAGAAGACUGGAAGCGAUGGGGAUGUUCUGACUUUAUUAUAGGUUGCUGACGAGGAUGUGCAAUAUACGGAAGCCUAUACUGUCGAAGUACCUGCAGAAAUUGAGAAAAUAACACCUUUAAAGACCAACUGUGGAUUACAACAUCAUUGUUCACCAUGAACGCCGAUAAGCUUACAGAAGCCGCUGCUAAUGGAGACACUGAAAGAGUACAAUUUUUACUAGAAAACGGUAUCGCUCCUAAUGCUGUCAACCGUUUUGGCAGGACACCUAUCCAGGUAAUGAUGAUGGGAAACACAAAAAUAGCUCAGCUUUUGCUGUUGUAUGGUGCAAAUCCGAACAUUAGUGACUCCAGCACCGGCCUGACCCCAGUGCAUGACGCAGCCAGAGAGGGGUUUUUAGACACUGUCAUGGUGCUGGUUCGGAAUUCUGCAAAUACCAAUGUGCGAGAUGGAAGGAACCUACUUCCCAUUGACCUGGCCAGAGAAAAUGGACACGGGGACGUAAUUGCCUUCCUAGAAUCUAAUAACUUCUAGAUUUCAUUAGAUUGUUUUAGUGAUAAUAAUAAUAAUAAUACUAAUAGCGUAUUCAUUGUGGCAUGUGCUCGCACUAUGUACAGUAGUCUUAAAUAACAGAUAAUAUAUGAAAUAUUGUGAAUUAAAAAUAAACCCUUGUUAUAUAUUUGUCAUUUUAGUAUUUUAUUAAUUUCCAUGUUGUU